AUGUUGACAUGCUUUGUUGUUCACUCCAUCAGUCACGUGCAGUUCAACGGCGCUCAAUUGAACUUAAUCUUCACCGACUUCGAGCGCUUAAUUCUUCCACAUAUUCGCUGCCAGUACUACUUCGCGUACACUCUACUUGUGGUUAAUAAACCACAGCUGGAGGUGAGGUAUUCCUGGUACGCUUCGCAAAUAUUAUUAGUACGACUCAAGCCGCCGACCGCGCCACAACAGCAGACUCUACACACGAUGACUAAGCGUUUGCUGGACCUCAGUCUGGAAGAUAAGCAACGAUUUGUGGCGUCAUUCGACUACGUUCUGACCGAUUGUGAUGGAGUUGUUUGGAACUUUCACGGUCCGAUUGAGGGAGUUGGACGGGCUAUUGGAGUCCUGAAGGAUGCCGGCAAGAAGGUCGUUUAUGUGUCGAAUAACAGCGUUCGGACGUUGGAGAACUACAAGGAACAGGUGCACAACCUGGGUCAUGAACUUGCCGAAGAGGACCUCAUCCAUCCGGCCAUCAGCGUGGUCAGGUACCUCAAGUCAAUCAACUUCCAAGGGCUGAUCUAUGCCAUUUGUGCGGAACCAUUCCUGAAACUGCUCAAAGAAGCCGGCUUCGAAGUCAUCACAGGACCCAACGAACCCCAGCCCGAGUCGCUGCGACUUAUCAUUCCCGUAAUUCGCGAUAAGAAACCGGUGAAGGCUGUCAUUGUGGAUCACGACUUCAACUGCAAUCAUACCAAGCUGUUGCGCGCCGAAAUGUACCUGAAAAGUGACCCGAACUGUCUGUUGAUCGGAGGGGGGAUCGACUGCCGGGUUUCGGUGACGCCCAACUUCACCGUCCUGGGGGCGGGCUAUUACCUGGAAAUGUUGGAAAAAAGUAUCGGACGAAAGGCGACCAUCCUGGGCAAGCCGGGUCAACCGCUGGGGGAGCAGCUGAAGAAGCAGUUCGGAAUCGAGCAGGACAAGCGAGCGUUGUUCGUGGGCGAUAUGAUUGCGCAGGAUGUGGCGUUUGGAAAGGUGGCCGGAUUUCAGACGUUGCUAGUGUUGACUGGUGGGACUAGCAAGUCGGAUUUGGAUGCUGGCUGUGAGAAGGAAUAUGUUCCAGAUUUUUAUACGGAAAGUUUUGCUGAUUUGGGAAGAGUAGUGGAAGAAGUUUUGGCUGCAAGUAAAAAACAUAAUUUGUAGCAUCAGUCAGUCGAGUUGACAUCACGGACAAAUAAAUUGUUUUAAUUUAAAGUAACUUUUAAGAAACGCAUCACACAUAAUUCAAAAAUAGCCAAAACUAUUAAUACAGCUAGGAUUAAGUAGACGUGAGCAGAAGAGCAAUUCUCUACAAAAUCGGCAGAUUUCAUGAUAUAUUUUUUAUAUAUUUUGAACUGACAAAAACAUAAUAGGAAUCUUCCCAACCACCAAAAUAGCUAUUUUGCAUGAUUGGUUCGUCCAUACAUAAUACUCAUUGAUACUCAAAAAUAUGUUUUUUUUUGGGAAAAGAUAGUCCGAUCGACCUGAUGUCUUCAGAAAAAUUGUAGGUUUUGAUUAGAAUGACUCAGAAAACAAAUUCCACCCUAAAAUCCUUUUUUAACAUAGCAUUUAACAUUCAACAAAACUUCAUACUUCAAUUUUAACUGUGCCAAUUUUGAGCCAAAUUGAUUAAGGUUCAAGGGUCGCUAUUGAUCGUUGAAGUUUGUAUAGAAAAAAUGGAAAAAAUGUAUGGAGAAAAGCAAAAAUUUCAAAAUUCUGUCAAAAGGUGGCCUUGAAUGUGUCGGAUAAUUGUAACGUGAGAGAUCCUUAUGUACAAUUUUAUACUGAACAAACUUUGUCGAAGACCGCAAACGCUCCGAGUUAAUCCUGACGAGUUCUAGCGAUUUAAAGAAGCCGUAUCUGUAUUAAAAGAUUUUUUUACCUACUUUAACGGUCUAUUGCGACCCUUAAAUCUUAACCGAUUGACUCAAAAUUGGCACAGUUACUUACUUUUACCCAUAAAAUCGAGCCAAGGGGGAUCCAGACCCCAAUGUACAUUUUUAUUAACGGAGAAAUAAAGUAAUAAAAAAUAA